AUGUCGGGCUUUUCAUCCCGACAAACACCUAGAUCCAGAAAUCAAAAGAAUCGCCGAAACAAAAUUUCAGGUGAUCCACAGAGCUUACGAAGGCAAGUAUUGACUGAUCCUACCCAACGAAUGAUUUAUGAUUUGUUUGGCGAAGAAGGACUAAAAACUCAAUGGGAAGUUGGCUUCCGAUUAAAGACUCCUCAGGAGCUUCGAGAGGAGUUUCAAAACAAAGCGCGUCUUAAAAAAGAACAAGAGGUCGAAAAUAUAGUGAAGCCAAAGUCAGAUGUUCAAAUUAGCAUUGACGCCUCUCAAUUAUUUAACCCUUAUGAUGGUCCUAAACAUGACGGAAAAGCGAAAAGAGCACC